AUGAAGAAGGUGGAUAAGGAAUAUGUGGAUAGUGAGUUAAAUAAGAAGGCAAAUUUGGUUUAUGUUGAUGAAAAAGAUAAUGAAAUUAAAGAAAAGGUUGAAUGGUAUCAUGAAUGGACAUUGGAGACUUUUAAAGUUAAAGCUGAUACAGAAUGGGUUUCAGGAUGUUUAGACCUUAAAGCAGAUAAAACUUAUGUUGAUGAAAAUUAUGCACAGAAGUCGGAAGUAAAUGAUGUGAUUACAAGCAUGAAAAAUGAAAUUCUUCAAACAUUAUAUCCUGUUGGUUCUAUUUAUACGUCAAUGAACUCAACAAAUCCAGCAACAGUUUUAGGUUUUGGUACGUGGAAGCAGAUUGUAGAUAAAUUCUUAUACUGUGCUAGAUAUUCAAAGCAAACAGGAGGUUCGAAGAAAAUUAAAGAAGCAAACCUUCCACCGCACACUCAUACAGGAACUACAAACACAACAGGUAAUCAUUCACAUUCAAUAACAAAAAGAGGUUAUAUAAAUCUUGCAGCGGGUUCGGAUAGAUGGGGAAUGAAUAGAUAUGAUAUCACAACUGACCCAGUAGAUUCAAGCACAGGUAUUUUCUGUGGAACCGCAGGAAAUCAUUCACACACUUUCACAACAAAUCCAACAGGCUCGGGUAAAGAUUACAUGCCACCAUUUGUGACUGUAUUCGCAUGGUACCGCGUUCAUUGA